GCCACCUUCAGCCAGUAUCUAUCGUUUUCUCCCUUUAAUGGCCUCGCAUGAUGUCCAACUCCUGAGUGUGUACCGUCCUCCUUGCGCUGUGUCGCCCUCCCUCUUUUCUCCUUAUGAUGCGCUGCGUCUCCCGCAUUCUCCGCUGUGUUCGCGAUCUCGCGUCACUUUGACCUUCAGCAGUAGUAGCAGCGGCAGCGUGACCGAUAGAAGAAGAAACGAAAGCAAUAAAUGAAACUGCUACAUCUCCUGUUCACGUUCUGACUGCCAACGCCCUGGAGAAUCAACCACCUGAAAGAAUGGCCGAUAGCGCCGGCCCCAGCCAGCAGGUGCUGGUCGACUCCGCCCUAGAACAGUCGCUCAUCCCCGUUCAGCGCUCUCUCUCAACCUUCGAACGAGUCGUUACAACUCAUGCCCCUAUCCUCGAAUCUCUGCUACUUCAACUCUCGACAGAUUCCAUCUUGAAGCUCUACCACACUUCCCGCUACCUUCGAUCCUUUCUUAGAUCCUAUCCCACAGCAUGGAAGUACUUGUCAUUUCGUCUGUUCUUCCCUUCGGGCACCCCGUCGCCCCUCCGGGUUGUCAUCCCAGGGGCCCUAGAGCCAGUAGUACCGCGACAGUCUCGACCCUAUGCUCUUGAUCAGUUGUUGAUGAAUGUGGUGGUUCCGUUCAGCCCGUGUCUGAGGAGUUUAGAGUUGGAUAAUACGGCGGUCUCCGGGCAGAUUCUCAUAUCGACUGUUUUGUAUUCACGACGAGAGACUCUGGAGCAUCUCUCCGUCCGUGGUUGCAAAAAUGUCUCCCUUAAAUACCAUGUCAUUCCAUAUCUGACGAUGUUCGGGCUUCAGUACGAUGUCGAUAUGGAAAAGAGCAUCGGUAGCUCUUCAUCUACCAAACGCCUUGCGCUGAAAAGCCUAUAUACUUAUCGGUGCCGUCAUCACCGAAGAAGACCGUACCUAUCCUCUUCUUUAACUCGGAAGGACUCGGACUCGGAGCCGACCCACGAAUUAGUCAAUCUCUGCCAUAAGCUAGGGAUCUGGACUGAUACCGCGUGGUGCUCCACUCCCGCGGGGAGAUGCUAUAGGAGGAGAGGCUACGUCUCCAUGAGAGUGCCACAAGGGUCUGCGGAGGUAUGGGUGGUUUUUGAUCGGCUAUGGCGGUCAAAGAAUUGGAUCGGCCCAAUAGACCAAAGCAGCUAUCCACCCAAACGAGAUGGGAAGCUGUGGGAACACGAGGAGACUGGGUGUUAUGGAGAAGCCCUUGGGACCGGGGAAGGAAGGAACCUUGGCGAAGGUAAAAUGACACCGGCCCAUUCACGUUGGAGCCAUAAGCAAUUUGUUGAAAAUAUUCGUUGUGACAACUGCUACGAGGAGAUCCCGGAGAGAUGUGAACAAUGUAGUGUCCUGAUGCACUGUGUUGGGUGCCGUAAGACGCUCUGUGCAAGCUGCGCGUUUGAUCGGCCCUACGUUCGCCCUCGGCGCCCCUCAUCGCUAUUAGGGGAGUCCAAGCAACCUUUCUGGUGGGCACCGGGUGCUACUACUUCUCCCUGCCUCAUGCUGGACCCCCCUCCAAAUACUUCUGAAAGCGAUACGUUGAACCACAAUAGUUCAGCUCCUCAUCCUGUGCUGAAGUUUCACUGGUGUUGUACAGAACCAAUCUUCUCCGGUGGGGGCGGUAUCAGCAUUGGAACUCCCAACCGAGAUGUAGACCAGGUACGAGCGGCACCUCUUCCCCGUGGACAAGGCUGGGAAGACCUAGAGUACUCGGCACAGGAGUGGAGCAAGACAUUCCCCAAGUAUGCCUAUGGUGAUCCACGAAAACCAGACUACACGCUCGAGACAGGACAUAUCGCUAUGAUGAAAUGGUUACUUGGACCGCCAGACCGAGAGCCAACGGCUUGUCCUCGGAAUCUAUGCCAGGAAUGUUACGAUACGCCCCAGUGGAAGGUACACUGCAAGAGCUGCUCAAAGCCGCUGUGCAUUGAACAUGACCUCCGUGGUCUUCGCUUGCGUAUUUGUGGAUACCGCGAUCUUACUCUAGAAAAGAUGGCUAUCCAAAAUCGGCCCGGGUCAAGCACUCAGCAAACAACUAAUACUUACGUUCCAUCGCAUGUUCCAUACAUGAGCUCCUCAACCGAAUUUGCAUUGCCAUAUAGGACUCAUCGGGCCGUCGAUUCCACUGCAAGCAGCUUUACCGAAGACAACCCCGCAGAUGGCGUUCCAGAUGUUGGUAGUCACUCUUUGCAAAGCGCGGAUGAUCCGCCAGGGCCCGUCCCUCUCGUGCACCGCCGCCUCAGGAGCGUCUCCAUUUCGAACUCGAACCGGUCCCGGUCUUCAUCACGUUCCUCCGUCGACUGCGAAUCACAGUCAGAUGCGGCCAGGUGGCAAGGCUGCCAGUCGUUCUUCUGCCCGCAGUAUCGAGCCGUCGGCGAUCAGCGACAGCGGUGUGGCAGUGUCCUUCGUGAAUGCUCCAGCUGCUCAGUACAUGUAUGCUCGGACUGCGUUGAAGCCAAUCCUCCCUGCAACUGCUCCUACUGCGAGGUGAACUAUCUGUGCCCAAAUUGUCUCAAGCUUCGAGAGCGGGAUGGGACCUGCCGUCGGCUGGAAGAGGAAAAAGCCCAGAGAGAGCAGAGGUGGAAGGAAGAUAUGCAGAUGCUUGAAGGGAUUCUAGAAACUAAAGUAGCCAACGAAGUUGCAGAAUUUGCGGGUCAGUUCUUCAACUCCGUCGAGUCUGGCAUAUCUGUUGAGCAAGUGGAGGACGUUCACCAGAAUAUUCAACCCUCGCAUCAUGUUCGCAUCUUCGAUGGCUCACCCUGGUUGGGACCUAUCUCGGAGGAGAUCCUGGCCGAUAUUAUAGAGUAAAGGCGGUGCCUACUGCGUGAGGCUAUACAUAUUCUUUCUCAUGUUGUGUUCCCUGUCAAUACCAAAAGUCUUUAGUAUCCUUCAUUACCUGUUGCAAGGGCGGCUGAGCAGUUUGUCACUUUUUUUUUUCUUUUCUUUUCUUUUCUUCUUUGCUUGUGGCGCU